GCGCGGCGGGUAGAGCGGCGCGGGCGGGGUGCGAUGGGGCUGGCCUGGAGGAGCGGGGAGGGCCUGGACCCCGGAACCGGCCCUGCCUGCCGCGCUGUCAGCACUGCCGCCCGGUCCCCGCCCGGUCCCGGCGGCGGCGAUGAGGGAGAGGGGCCGUGACACCGCGAACCAUGGCCGCCUCCGGGUGUAGCGCGAUCCGCGGCCUAGUCCGGGCGAGCUUCAGAGCCUCUCACCUCCUUGUGCACUCCAGUAAUCCGUACUCUCCAGCAGCUGCUUUUGUCCACUUACUGGGCUCUCAUUUCCACUGGACUUGCUUAAAAGCCAACUGGCCACCACUGCACCGUGUGUGGCUGGGCCCUGCCCUGCCUCCCUCGCUGCCCGGAGCUGUGCCAGCGUUUCACACGGCUGCCUGCUUGCGUCAGGAGCUCCAGGACAAACCUCUGCCCUGUCAUGGUGCCGUAAACAGGGGCAGUGAGACGGCUAAAACCCCAACAGAACAAGCCAUAGAGACUUCCCUGGGGAAGAAGUCUUUACGCCAGAGAAUCGUGAAUGAACUGAAGCACUAUUACAAUGGAUUCCACCUGCUCUGGAUUGACACCAAGGUGGCUGCCAGGAUGGUGUGGAGGCUGUUACAUGGUCAGGUCCUCACACGGAGGGAGAGACGAAGGCUGCUGAGAACCUGCGCAGAUCUCUUCCGGCUGGUUCCAUUCCUGGUGUUCAUCAUUGUCCCCUUCAUGGAGUUCCUGUUACCUGUAUUCCUGAAGCUCUUCCCUGAAAUGCUGCCCUCAACAUUUGAGACGGAAUCAAAAAAGGAAGAAAAGCAGAGAAAGAAAUUAAAUGCAAAGCUGGAGCUGGCAAAGUUCCUGCGGGAGACGAUUGCAGAGAUGGCCAAAAGGAACAAAGCGGAUACAGGACAAGGGAAACAAUUCUCCUCUUAUGUGCACCAGAUCCGUCACACCGGCCAUCAGCCGAGUACCCAGGAGAUCGUACGCUUCUCCAAGCUGUUUGAGGACGAGCUGACCCUGGAGCACUUGGAACGGCCGCAGCUGGUAGCUCUUUGCAAAUUGCUUGAGCUGCAGCCCAUCGGCACCAACAACCUGCUCCGCUUUCAGCUCCUGCUGAGACUCAGAACUAUCAAGGCUGAUGACGAAAUGAUUGCCAAGGAAGGAGUCAAUGGCCUAAGUGUGUCUGAGCUGCAGAGUGCAUGCAGAGCCAGAGGAAUGCGGUCGUUGGGUCUCUCGGAAGAGCAACUAAAAGAACAGCUUGGACAGUGGCUGGAUCUGCAUUUAAAAGAGAACGUUCCACCUUCUCUGCUCCUGCUUUCCCGUGCCUUGUACUUAAUAGACAUAAAGCCACAAUCUGUUCCCAUUCCACAAAACAAGAGGGGCGAAGCUGCUGAAAUGGUGACGCCUGUUCCUGAAGGUCAAGAGACUCUGGUGGAUCCUGCUCCUGUUGUGCAGGGAAGAAAGAACGAAGACUUUGUAUCUCAGCCGACAGACAAACUGCCCAUCUCCACAGUGUCCAUUCAGCCUUCCCCACGAGAGGCUAAAAUGGAAGCAUCUCAGAGCAGCAAGGCCGGUGCCAAUGGAGCCUAGCCUGGAGCCAGCACGAAUGCUGUAACGCUGGGAGAGAAGAGCUUUUGUCUCUGCAUCUCCUUGCCGGGAAGGGUGAUUUUCCAGGAGGCUGCUGGACACAAGAAGGUGUCAGUAGCCCUCAGGGGCCUCUCCGUCUGUUCCAAACCAGGCUGUGCUAGGGCUGUCAGGAUGGCACUGGCUGCUCAUUGUACUGGAUCCCCGUCACUUUAACUGAUGUUGUAAAGAUGUUGAUAAUCAUGCUGCUGUCUGUGCUGGUGCUGGGCAGUGUUUGUGCUCUCAAACCUUAGGAAAGGCAGCUUUUCAUGGUCAUAAAAGCCUGCGCGUGGGAUGGGGUAGGCUGGAAGUCCAAUGAAGCCUGUUCUGGAGUUGGAAGUUCUCCGCAUAUCCAGGGCUUGCAGCUUGCCCUGGCUGCAGCUUUGCAAGCUUGAGCUCUUGAUCCUAGUUAGGGUGGUUUAACCAAUAACCAGAGUGCAGAAUGACCCAUGUAGCCAUUGUAUUCAGCGGUCACAUUUGUGCCGAGGACAAUAACCAUCAUGAAGGGAGGACCAGCGCUCUCCUCAGUGUCGUUGUUGAACUGAACUGCUCAGGAAGACAGAACUUACUGGAGAAGAGCAGAGCAGUGGAGAGGGAAGCUUCCACGGUGUGAGUGUUUGCACUCAUCAGCAAGAGCUGCAGCCAGUGCCAGAGGCUGUUAGGGAUCCCACCAGGUUCUGCGAGGGAGCAGGUUGGGGACCCACACGCAUUUCCCAAGUCUGAUGGAAGACUGGGCUAAACCUCAGGCUCAGAGCUGCACAUCAACAAGCACUCUAACUGCUGGUACCAUACAAAAACAAUUCCCCGCACACUCCAGGGCUGGCUGGGUUUUGGUAGACUCCAUAGGAGGAUUCCAAGAAGCUGUUUUUAGUAUUUGUUAGUUUUUUUUACUUUGUCCUCUCUAAAUGUUCAGAAAUUACAUCAUGGAUUUUAAAUACAUGUAUUUAUACUUACUGUAAAAUUAAAGCUAGACAUGGUGCUAAGUAGAAUAAAACGUCUUUUCUAGAGUUUAGACAGCCUUGAGAACCAUCCCACUCCCAAAGCCAGUCAACUCAAGGCUGGGUGUUGUCAGCACUUUAACCGUGACUCCCAACUCUCGCAGCAGCGCAGCCACAGCCCGUGGAAGGCAGUUACCGUCGUACAGCGUUCUUAGUUCUGUACCCACACCCCUGCCUCGUUCGCGCAGCCAGCGUCCCUGCUGCAUGUCUGUAUUUGGUGGUGAGUGAAGGAGAACACGUUAUUUCAAUAAAAUAACCCCAUUGCUCACGUGUUGUUGGU